UCGAAAAAAUCAUAAAUAAAAAUUAUUUGGUAACCCUUACCCAUAAUCCCGUUCCUUACCUUUUAUGGCCACAAUUUAAAAGUUUCAUUCAAUUUGAGUACAUCUUAAUUUAAAAUACCUUCUUGACUAUUCUAUUUGAAAAUAGAUUCGUUUUUCAUUCAGUAAUUGCUCAUUUAUUCGCGGCUUUAUUUGGUCUGGACCUGGACUGGUUUAAGAACACGUUUUCCCAAAAUUGAUAAAUUCAGGACUCCCGGGAUAAAAAUGGAACAAGAAAAGGGACCAAUUGAAUUAGGGGAUAAAAAAUCAUAUGCUGGUAUACCAGAAGCAGAAUUUAUUGAAGACGUUGAUAGCUACAUGGCCCGGCCAGAAAACGGCUCAAAAGAAGAAGUAUUAAAAAAACUAGAUAAUCAGUAUGGCAAAUACAAAUUUAUGGAAUUCAAUCUUUUAUCAAAGAAAAAGCGACUGCAAAACCAAAUACCAGAACUGAAAAGAUCUUUAACAAUGAUCGAAAAAUUAGAAGGACAAAAUGAAGAGUGUGACACACAGUUUCUAUUAAGCGAUCAAGUUUUCGCCAAAGCCAAGAUUCCACCAACCAAAAAUGUUUGUUUGUGGCUCGGGGCGAAUGUCAUGCUCGAAUACACUCUAGAUGAUGCAAAAGAACUUUUAACACAAAAUAUUAAUACUGCUGACAGAAAUUUGGGAUAUGUUAAUCAUGAUCUAGACUUUCUCAGGGAUCAAUUUACUACCACAGAAGUAAAUAUGGCAAGAGUGUUCAACUGGGACGUUAAAAGAUGCCAAGCGCAGGCAGCCAAAUAGUUUUUUUUCAUUAUUGUAAUGUUUUCAUAGUUGAAGGAAUGAGAGUCCUUGUUAAAAAGUUUAUAUGCUUUUGGUUAACAUUUUUUUUUAUUAUAACCUCAUUAAAAUAAAAUUCAACGUUUGUAAAACUAAAUAUAAUUUAUUAUUAAAUAAUAAUGCUUUUAUCCAUUGAA